GAGGUCAUGCGAGAGUACAUGGGUGAAUAUCCUCACAACACCAGCGGGCGGAGCAGGGCGGAGCCGACAUGGGCGGGUCAAAUGGAGACGAGCUCUGGGAAUGUUGGAUAUGUGGUAAGAGAUCGGAUCUACCUUGAUCAGCGGCGCGGCUAUGUUGCUAUUGGAAGUUGUCCCUACUAUAGGGCAUGCUUUGAGCUUUAGCUGCGGAACAAACACGAACUAAAUAAUGUACACGACAGAGCGCAGGCGAAUGAGCCUGCGGGACUCAAAGAGGAAGGAUCCAGUACGCGUGUCCGCUGGAAGUUUGUGGCAGGACUCUUUGGUGUUAGAGCUGAGCGCCAGCAACGGCUCGGGUAAACAGAUCGUUUCUCCGCGGAGUCGAACCAGAGCAGUGUCAGUGGCAUACAUUGUCAACGAGGACGCGUCAGUGCCGCACACCGAAGAAAACUUAUCACUGAAGUGUCUGAAGGAAGCCUGCGCGGACGCACACGCUGUUCUCAAAACGAUUUCAUUUGACAGAAUUUCCCAAGGCACUACUGACAUUCUGGAUAGUUUCUACAAUGCAGAUGUUGCAGUGGUGGAAAUGAGCGACACCUUUUGCCAGCCUUCCCUUUUCUACCAUCUUGGAGUGAGGGAAAGUUUCAGCAUGACUAAUAACAUCAUUCUGUAUUGUUUUAAGCAAGAUAGUGAUCUGCAAGCUCAUAAGGAGCAAUGCGGAAGUUACACCUUCAUCCCAUAUGUAGUGUCACCUCAGGGCAAAGUGUUUGCCUGUGACGUCACCAUGAUGACUUGUAUCAAAGACCUGAUGCAACCUAGUUUCCAGCUGGAGCCGCUGCUCGUCCCCCUGGUUGAGAAACUGGUGCAUCUGCUGAACAAUGUGCAGAUUCAGUCCAGUGAGUACUUCCGGGAGUCAAUCAGGCAUGAGAUUCGCAUGGCACGGGAGCGGUUCAGCGGCAGAGCCUUGAGCGAGGAGUUAAACCACAUCCAGCAACGCCUGGAUAGUGUAGAUCUGCUUUCUCCGGAUAUUGUAAUGAACCUAUUAUUGUCCUACAGGGACGUUCAGGAUUACGAUGCCAUGAUAAAACUGGUGGAGACUCUGGACAACCUGCCUAUGUGUCAGGUGGCGAAGCAUCAGAAUAUCAAGUUUCACUAUAUAUUUGCUCUAAACAGGAGGAAUAAGCCCGGAGAUCGUGAAAAGGCUUUGAAAGAAAUUCUGCCAAUUGUGGAGUCAGGGAACAAGGUGGCAUCAGAUGUCUACUGCCUGUGUGGACGCAUCUACAAGGACAUGUUCAUGAGCUCAGCGUUCACUGAUGAGUCCAGCAGAGACCAGGCCUGCUAUUGGUAUGGGAAAGCCUUUGAGACAGAGCCAACUCUUCACUCGGGCAUCAACAAUGUGGUCCUCCUGAUAGCAGCUGGCCAUGAAUUUGAGACGUCUAUAGAGUUGCGCAAACUAGGUGUGACUUUAAGCACCCUGCUGGGUAGAAAGGGUAGUCUGGAGAAGAUGAAGGACUACUGGGAUGUAGGUUUCUACCUUGGAGCAAACAUUCUUGCAGGUGAAUACAGGAAAGUCAUUGAGGCCUCUGAGAAGCUCUACAGACUCACGGCCCCUGUUUGGUAUGUGGCGUCUAUUAUGGAGACAUACAUCCUGUACCGUCGGUUUGCCAAGUUACCUGAAGUGAGAUCUCCUAAACAAGAUACAGUGGACUUCUGGAUGGAGCUGCUUUUGCAGACCUGUAAACCCACUGCCUCAUCAAACUGUUGUCCAGUGCUCAUUCUAGAACCCAGUAAAGUCUUCCAACCAGCUAUUGUGUCUGUGAACGAGGAGGACCAAAGUCGCACUGUCCAGCUAAAACACGCCACACGCUUAAAGAAGGGCUUAAACCAAUGGACUUUCCAAGCAUCUGAAAUUCGGGGAGUGAGUGCUUCAAAGAUUGAUGAGCGGAGCUGCUUUCUGUAUGUCCACUACAACUCGGAUGAUUUCCAGCUCUGCUUCCCAUCUGAGAUUCACUGUAAAGGUUUCUGUGAGUUGGUAAACUCCCUUCUCCAGGAGGCUGAAAACCAUGUUCAAGAUAUAGAACAUACACUCGGAGAAAUACUAGAGUAUAUCUAUGAGACCAAUGAGAAUGGUGACAAGGUAAUACUUGGUAAAGGAACUUAUGGCGUAGUGUACGCUGGAAGGGACCUGAGCAACCAAGUACGCAUCGCCAUCAAAGAGAUCCCCGAGAAGGACAGCACGUAUUCUCAGCCCCUGCAUGAGGAGAUUGCUCUGCACAAGAGGCUUAAACACAGGAAUAUUGUCCAGUACCUGGGCUCUGUCAGUCAGGAUGGUUUCAUCAAGAUCUUCAUGGAAGAAGUACCCGGGGGUAGCUUGUCUUCUCUUUUGCGCUCCAAAUGGGGUCCUCUGAAAGACAACGAGCCCACCAUCAUUUUCUACACCAAGCAGAUACUUGAGGGUCUAAAGUACCUUCAUGAGAAUCAGAUAGUCCACAGAGACAUUAAGGGUGACAAUGUACUGAUCAACACUUAUAGUGGAGUUUUGAAGAUAUCUGAUUUUGGAACCUCCAAACGGUUAGCAGGGAUUAACCCCUGUACUGAAACGUUUACUGGAACUCUGCAGUACAUGGCCCCUGAGAUUAUAGACCAAGGGCCUCGGGGUUAUGGGAAGCCGGCAGAUAUCUGGUCUCUAGGGUGCACUAUCAUAGAAAUGGCAACAGGCAAAACACCCUUUCAUGAGCUUGGAAGUCCCCAGGCAGCCAUGUUCAAGGUUGGCAUGUUUAAGAUCCACCCCAAGGUUCCAGAGUGCAUGUCAGAUGAGGCCAAAGGUUUCAUCAUGAACUGUUUCGUGCCAAAUCCUGAUGAAAGAGCCACGGCGGCAGAACUGCUUAAGGACCAUUUCCUAAAGUCAUCUACGAAGAAAAAAGCUAAAGCUGUUCAGGAAUCCCUGUCUAUAACUGACUAUCAGCGCAGUAUGUCUGUGCCUAUCUCCAUCCAUGUGGAGGAUACUGAUUCUUACUCUGACUCGGUUGAUCUGUCUUGUUCUCUGGACCUGACGAGGUCGCAAUCCUCUCUCAGAGCAGAGGAAAUCUCAGAGAGCCCACCAAGCACCAACAUCUUCCUGUUAAUCCCAGAUGACUCCACAUCAGACAUGAGCAGUCCAUCCUCAACAGAGGAGAGUACUGGCCUUUUUAUGCUAAGAAAGGACAGUGAGAGGAGAGCCACGCUGCACAAAGUUCUCACUGACUACAUAAGUCAUGUUGUGUCUAGUAUACAACAGUCUGUGCCUCAGUAUGGUGAUGGAUCCACGAUCACUCCAGACCACAUCACCAAACUCGUUAUUUGUUUGCGUGACAACAUCCGCUCCCCGGACAGGAAGCAGCUUACCAGUGGCUUGCUGGAGCUUCGAGCUAUGCUUGUAGCUGCCUCAGUACCUCUGAACAGCCUACAGGUGGUGCUGUUUAACUUCCAAGAUGCAGUGAAAAAAGUGUUGAAGCAACAAAAGGUGAAACCUCACUGGAUGUUUGCUCUGGAUAAUCUGCUGAGACAGGCAGUACAGGAUGCCAUAACUGUAUUACUGCCAGAACUCAAACUCCAUCUGCAGUCCUCAUUCGAGAGUGAGGACAACACCUCUGAGGAGCUGUUUGCCGAUCCAGACACUCCUGUAGCUCUAGUCCCUGACCAGCUGGUGGCACCAGCAUACACACAGCAGCCAGCACCAGCAAAUGACGUGCUGCUUAGAGCCAACCCUAAACCUGCAGACUUCAACCUUAACACCAACUGGCCUCUCAGGGAGGACCUGAGAGAUCUGCGACUGGAGACCAGAAGACUGCUGAAUCAGCUAAGCGAGAAGGAGACAGAGUAUCAUGAGCUACUGAGGAACUCUCUCUGGAGAAAACAACAGCAAAUAGACGCACUGAGGAAAGAAUCAGUCAAUGAGGAUGUGGAGUUGGCUUCACAGAAAAGCUCCAGACCAGAGAAGAAAGCCUUAGUGCGCUGGCUAAAGACUGUCUCCGUAGAUCAAGACACUAUCAACAAGUUGCUCUCUCAUGAGUUCACCUUGGACUGUCUCCUCCGUAUGGCCGCCAAGGAUGACUUGAUGUACUGUGGAAUAAGAGGCGGCAUGCUGUGUCGAAUCUGGGCAGCUGUAACAGCUUACCGGAAGAGCCAGCUCAGCACGCACAAUGAGGACAGCGAGGACACCCUUCUUUAAUGGCUGCUGAUGUUACACAUCAAAGGGCAGGUUCAUAGACAGGCUGGCCCUGUGUGCGGUCUGGAGGAACAGAGGCAUUUCAGGUUGCUGAUGUAAAGCAGAUUAAAUUUUGAAUACAUUUUUAGACUGUGAAUGUACUAUAAUGGAGCAUCAGAGCUUUUUACUUAAAAGCUAGGUCAUGUCAGAAUUUUAUUUUGUUAUUUUAUAUUUUUACAUUUUAUCAGGGUGUCAGAAGGUAGAGCUUUAAUUGUAUCUUUAGGAGAUAAUUUUAAAGGGGGAUUUAAUUGGUUUUAAACAUUUCAUCUAGUGACGCUGUUUUCCUGUUUCACGGAAAGCUAAGCAGGAUUUGAAGUUUUAGAGACUAUAUAUAAGAUUAACUUCUAUUCCUUGUUUGGAAAACAAAUAUUAUUUGUACUAUAAGCCCUUUUAAAUUCAUUUAAAUAAUAAACAGGAAGCAUUUUUUUUAACAGUCAUUCAGACUGGCUUGUUAUCUCCACACAGCCCUUUGUUUCUAACAGGGAGAGGGGUUUUUCAGGGUGUGAUGUAGCAUGGAAGAAGUGAUGUAGUGGUGAACAGUCUUUAAAUUCCACACGUGUUUCCUCAUCUGUUUUCACUGUGUUGACGUCUCCUUAGAGACAGUGACGUGAACUUUGUGUGUGUUGGUCGAUAUGUGUGAUGCAUGUGUGUCUGAGAAGGUCUAUUGUAUGACUUUUUGCUGUUCUGGGUGGUUUCAUGCUGUCUAGUACUUAGUUCUUCUGUUUAUGAAAAAGAGUUAAAUUUUAGGUCUAGACAUAAGAAACAGUUUCUUAUGUCUAGACCUAAAAUUUAACUCUUUUUCAUAAAAUGACAAGACUUAAAAAAGAAAGACAAAGAUCAGGAGUGUAACAUUUCAGAAAAAAUUAGACAAACAUUCUUUAGAGAAGAAUGAGGAGAUUCUGAGGAUGUUAUUUAUUUUGACACGAGUGACAGAAAGGCGGUUUAAUGUCAAAUGCAUGUUAGCUCCAUUCUCUUUCAAUGGGGAUAUGACUUUAGUGGAAGCCUUGGGCUGGCCCAUGCUAGCCAUAGUACUCACUAUUGUGAGUACUAUUCGAGUUAUAUGCAAAAAUACAUGUGCACAAGUAAUAACUAGUAUUUGCUUUUAAGUCCAGCCCUUUAUAGCAAACAUAAAAGCAUUUUCCAGAUGGUGAUGCACAUUAAUAUGCAAUAUACAAAAUUGUGGCAUUUAACCUGCAACCCUGAAUGGAAAAAGUAGAAGAGGAUGGAUGGAUGGAUGGAUGGAUUGGUGGAUGCAUUUGCAAGUGCCAAAAUUUAACAGCUGUUCUACUUGUAAAGGCUGAGAAGUUUUAACUUUUCUGAUGCUAAUAACUGACUCAUCUAAUCUCUUUGUCAAAAUGAAAACCAGGCUAAUUGGUGCCUACACAUAAAAUUAUAAAAAUAUAUCUGAGUGCUGCAAGCUUGCAUUUUUCCCCACUUGAAACGUUGCAAGAUUGCAUUUAGGAGGAGAUGAAUUUAAGACAGUCUGAAAGACUAAGAAUGCUAACAUAAAAGUACCUCUACUCAACAUGAAGGCAAAGCAAAAUCGAAGUAAGCAAAGGUUGUCAGCCAGUAGGGGUCAUUGCUGACACGAUGCUGGAGACAAAGUGGGACAAAAUUGAUCUCUUUGGACUGUGUGGCAAAGGAAACCUUGCACAGGGAAGAAUUUGCAAAGUCAGAUUGGAAAGGCAGUCGCCCAGCUCUGGAGAUCUGUGGAUACCUCCUACAUAGAGGUUUAGGAGAAAAUUCCUUAAUGAAGAAUAAAAAGAAAAUGCAAAAAAUGUGAUUUGUGUCUGUGAGGUGUGCCCACAGAUUUCCACAUAUAUCAGUAAGUGCUUUUUACACAUUUAAGUCUGAAGAAACGUCAAAGUUGGAUUGCUCUAGGCUAUCUUUUAACUUUUAUUAACCGUACUAGUAUUUAAAAAAAUGGAUGAAUCCACUAUCAGAACAUCUAACUAAAAUUACAUUUUUCUAUGGUAUACUUGCAAUAUUAAACACUACCGAGAUACUAAUUAAAAUCCACUGUAGCCCAUAUAUCACUCGUACUAUAAUUCAAAACUGGCAUUUCCCUUUCCUGUGUUCACAGAUUUAUGAUAUGCUUUAUUCAUUCGUUGUCAUAAGGUCUGAAAAGCUCUCUGCAGACUUGGCCAAAAUACUGAUUACGUCUGUCUGGCAGUAAAGAUCAAAAGCUCUGAUUUACCUUUGCAAUAAUUUAAGGGGCUCCGCAAAUCGGAAGGUGUAUCAGUAAAUCAAGUAAGGCAUCUUUCUCUUGUGUCCUUGGAUGCUGUCUCAAAGAAAAUUAAUAGCCCUACUACCUAUUAUUUGUUUAUUAAAGCAUGCUAGAUAGACAAAGAAGCAUCCUCUUUAUAGUUGAUAUUUAAAAUAUAUAUAUUUAUAACUUUUGUAUUCAUCUCGACUUUUAAAUAAAUCUGUUUUUGAGAUUUGAGUGUUCAGAUGUAUUUCUUUUUGGUAAAAUGACUAAAGGUGGUUGCUGUUAUGUCUGGCAGACUAACACUCACAUGAAUUCUUAACAGUGAGUCACAUUGCCUUAAAGAAACAACACAGGCAGCAGCGGCCAUAUUAGAUUCAUCUGAUACACAUAAUUGAAUAUAAUGUGAAUGUAUCCCCCUGAGUCUCGCUUGUUUGAAUAAGCUUUAAAUCACAGUAGCAUUAGGACUGUACAGCUAAUAGCAUGGAAACUGUUAGCUUUGAUCAGCCAGUAAACUGUGUCAACUUAUUGAUGUGGAGAGACAGUAAAGUCAAGGUUACAUUAUGCUUUGCAUUAUUCACACUGACAGUCCAAUUCGUCUUUUUGUUGCACAUAUAAAUCUGAAAUAUGCUAUUUGUGUUGUUAUUUCUGCACUGUCUGUUUAUCUAUUCUGUUAAGUAUAUUAAGAACAAUGAAUAAAGCUCAUUUCCUUUUA